ACAGAACUGAAGAAGUCCAAUGGACGCCAAUCAUUGUUUGAUCAAUAAGCUAAGCAACGCAAACUAAUAAUUCGACAGCCGGCAAAUAUUCAAAUCAAAACAAACAAAUAUUCAAAGUGAAUAAACUUUGUAAUCAUAAUCAAACUAGGAAUAAGCUCAGCCAACAUUGUUAGACUUCUAAAACGCACUAACAAACUAAAACUGUGCGACACAGCAACGAACGGAUAUCAUUCGACAAUUCAUCAUGGUUCAGAUAACACAGACCGAGGAGGACAUUAAAAUCUCAAUUGAAUUGAAUCGUCUAGUUGCUACCCGCAAGCCGGACAUCGUUCUUUUGCCACAGUAUCUUAAAUAUAAUAAUCCACCUAUCUAUUUUGAGCGCCAUUUGACCCAGGAAAUUGAUGAAAUGGCUAGCUUUUGUCGCAUUUUCAAAAACGAGGCACGCAUUGUCCUGAUUAAGAAGACAAAGGGCAUAUGGCCGGAACUAUUCCAAAAGUUGGACAAAGAAGAACUAAUGAAAAAACGUCUGGAAAUAGCUGAUUUAAUUGUGGAACGAAAUAAGCAGCGCGAUCAAAUGGCCGAAGAGCGUUAUGCAAUUAAACGUCGCGCCGAGAUCGAGAAGGAACUGAAGCGGGAGACGGCCAUGAGAGACCGCGUCAAGCAGUUUCAACAGAACGCCUGUGCGGAGACUCUCAUGGUGGGUGUGCGUAAGGAAGCCCAGGCCCGCCAGCCUAAAUCCGAGUCACGAACUAGCCCCAACAGUCGUUCCAGCGAUAGCAAUAACUCCAAUACCACUUCCCAACCGAGCCAGCCUACUCGUCUGGCAACUCCAAUCUUGCGUUCAGGAGGACCAAUGGCAACAGUGCGGGGCAGUGGACGCAUCAACAUCAGCUUCUCCACUCAGCAUAAACGUGAAACGCCUAAACGAGAGUCGCAGGAGGGCCUCAAUUUUCCAUGCGGACCUAACGGACAAAAUGCAGGCGCAAAGUCAAGUUUAGACACUUUGGACGAGUAAAAAUGAGUUAUUUAACAAUAUGUUUUAUUCGAAAUGAUUAAUUGAGAAAAUAAAUUGAUGUUGUGUGCCCCAAACCAUAAA